UGCAGGCACAGGUUGGAUCAUAUGGUGCUUAUUUUUGGCAAUCGUUUUUUGGCUUGCCAAAAAUACGCCAUGUGCAUGGUGUGGCAUUAGCCUUAAACUUUCACCCAUAAUUUGCUGUGGCAGUUGCUUACCACUCAUUUGCUAUCUAUGCUGCAUCAAAUUGGAUUAAAUUGGUAUGCAACAUGUAGUAUUGUCUGUCCAAAUUUCCUUAGAUUGCAUUGCAAAUUUAAAAGUUCUUAAAUAUGUUGUAAAUAUUAUCUUACCUACAUAGAAUUAUAGGUGCAGAGAAAAUACUAGACUGUGUAAAGCCUUCUCUGUUUUGUUUUAAUUUUAAAAGUCAUAUCAGUCAUGCGAUAUAGCAUAGUCAGAAGUGCUGUAUACAUGGUAGCUUCUAUAUCUAGACAAAAUGCUUCCUAUUUCUACUUUUGAAAGAUAUAGAUACCUAUAGAUAGAAAAUUAUGGGUAAUGUUGACAAGUCAGAAAUCAUAAUUGCUCAAAUGCAAUUCGUUAACAGUAACACUUUGAUUGUUUGUGUCCUGGUAUGGGAUCUCAUUAAAAUUCAAGAGGCAUCCCUGUUGUCUGGCUUACGUACAAAUUCCCACUGCCUUUGUCCUGAAUGUGAAUAGAUCCUUUUCUCUAACAGAGUAGAGUAGAAGGACAAAACUUUUCAAAGAUAGCAUGAAUCGCUAAUCACAGAAAAUAGCAAGCCUGUGGGUAGCUUUUAGUCUGUGCACCAUAACCAUUUGUAAACUUUUGGAACACAGGUAUGUAUAGCUUCAUCCAAAAAAAAAAAAAAAAUCCAGGAAACUGUACCCUUUUGAAGUAACUUUUAUCUGAACAUUUAUGUAGCAGAACUACAAGAAGUCUAGUUUGUGGGAACUGUGAUGUUAUGGCUAGUUUUAUCCAUGUUUAUCUGUUUCUAAACUUGCAGCUUUUUUCUACUAUACAGUAUUGCUAUCUGCCAACAGAACAAGGUUGAUUUACAUUUUUUAAGACUGCUGAAACCUGUUAAUUACAAAAUUCUGAUUGCUCAGUUUGUCUAUGUCUUUGGCUAUUUAGAUGACACUAUAACUUUACAUUUUUUUAUCCUUACUAUAAAGGCAAGUGUACACACAAUGUAUUCUAUGGAAAGCAUAUAGAUUGUUGAUUUUAGUAGGUAUAGGGCACUCUUGAUGUUUGGAAUUAAUAUAAAUGGCUGAUUAAUUAUUAUCUCAAAAAUAAUUGGUGAAUAAUUAAUUACAAGGCUAAAUAUGUGGGCAAAGUCUUUAUUUUUUUCAGCACAAUAUGACCAGAGAAGAAGGGUUAAUUGAAGAAUAUGGUUAUGAUCGAAUGGCUACUUUAGAACUGGGGAAGCAAGAUAAGAAAAAUCGCCAUACAGAUCUAAAGUCCAGUGAUAUUCAGCUUCAUGAGAGGCUUAAGCCAUGUACUGGGUACAAAAUGUGGAUGUUUUCCUUGCUGAUGGGGAGCUGCCUUAUUGCUACAUCUGGAUUUUCCCUUUAUCUUGGCAAUGUCUUUCCCUCUGAAAUGGACUACCUGCGUUGUGCUGCAGGCUCUUGUCUGCCUUCAGCGGUUGUCCAUUUUGCUGUGCUGAAAAACAAAGUUAAUGUGAUGUAUCAUUACCAAAUAUUAUUUGUGUCAACAUUUUCAAUAACUACCACUUGUUUGAUUUGGUUUGGAUGCAAACUCGCUAUAAACCCAACAGCAAUCAAUAUAAACUUUAAUCUGAUUCUUCUUAUUCUGAUGGAAAUUCUUAUGGCAACAACAGUAAUUAUCUCUGCAAGAUCAAAUGUAGACUGCUGUAAAGUACAGAGAAUUGUGGAGGUGAUUGUAGGAGUUUGUGCAGUAUUUGGUGGUGUUAUUGCACUUAACUUUGAUGCUCUGUUACACAGUCUUUACCUCUAUGUAUCCAUCUUCUGGGUAUUAGCAGCGUGUUUUCCAAAUGCCGUUGUAAGCCAUAUAGCUGCUGAAUAUCCCACUAAAUGCUUGGUGGAGGGGCUCAUCGUGACAAGCAGUAUAACAUCUCCCUUGCUGUUUGCAACGUCAGCCUUCCUGUCUUUCAGUAUUAUAAGGACCAUUGACAUUUUUAGAAUUUACCCGGCAAUUGUUACACAUUUUCAUGAUAUUGUUUUAUUUCUUCUGAUGCUGAUCCUGUUAGUGCAGGCCUUGCUCACAAAUAUCACCAUCAUCCAAUGUGUUCACUACAAAACAUUGAUGAGAAUAGAUGAUUUAUCCUGGAACAUGUCACAGGUAGACAAGAUGGAUUACAGAAAUAAUGAUGUUUCCAACAACACUUUAAGAGAAUUUGACAAAGAUAAAGCAUGGAAGGCAGUAGUGGUACAAAUGACACAAUAGCAGUGACCGCAUCGAAAUGCAAGUUACAGCACCAACAGAAGAAUAUAUUUAAAAAGCCUUUAUUGAAUAUAACAUGGCUUCGAUCUAUGACAAUGCAUCGUUUCAGGCCAGUACUUGGCCCUUUAUUAUCAAGAUGUCAAAAAUGUAAUGCAAAAAUGACAAUAUCUGCCAGUUCCCUUUUAAGUGAGUGCCUAGCAUUCCAUGACGACCAACAAAGAAAUUAUGUUAAACACUGCGUUUCAUCAUGAAGGAGUGUAAUUUUUAUAUAGUACCUAACCUUUAUGUGUGGGAGUUUUCAGGUUUUUUUUUAGGCUUGCUGCUUGAACAUUGUAAAACUGCAUUGUGGUAGUUCUUAAAAGGGCGCUAUUAUCAAAAUAAAAAUGUUUACUUGUUUGACUGUAA